AUGACGAUCAACGGCACAGAGGGAACCACAUUCAUCCGGUCGGCGUCCGCUCAAGGACUGGCCGGCCUCUGCACUUGGGCUGCUCUUCUUAUCACCAGUCAUCAAAUCUACCAACAUCUCCGGUUCUACUCGUGCCCGGCUGAGCAACGUUGGAUUGUUCGUAUCUUGUUCAUUGUGCCAAUUUAUGCAUUCGAUUCGUGGCUAUCCCUCAUUUUCUUCUCGGACAACGUCUACAUCUACUUCAACUCGAUUCGUGAUUGCUAUGAGGCGUUUGUGAUCUACUCGUUCUUAUCCCUGUGUUAUGAGUAUCUGGGUGGUGAGAGUAAUAUAAUGGCUGAGAUUCGUGGUAAACCGAUUCGCCCGACCAACUAUCUGACUUGCACGUGCUGUUUGGCCGGCAAGCAAUACACCAUUGAGUUCCUUCGUUUCUGCAAGCAGGCAACCCUCCAAUUCUGUUUCAUCAAACCAAUCAUGGCUGUGAUCACCUUGAUGCUCACCGCCAUCGGAAAGUAUGAGGACGGAGACUGGAGUCUUGACCAGGGAUAUAUUUACAUCACCUUGGUCUACAACGUCUCCAUUUCCCUGGCUCUUUAUGGAAUGUUCCUGUUCUAUGCUGCAACCCGUGAUCUUCUCAGCCCAUACCGUCCGGUGCUCAAGUUCCUUACUGUCAAGAGUGUCAUCUUCUUGUCUUUCUGGCAGGGAUUCCUUAUUGCGAUUCUUGGUGCUACUUCUGCAAUCGACCCAAUCACUGAUGCCAAUGGAAAAGAACUUAUUGGACGUGGAACCGUUGCUGCUGGAUGGCAAAACUUCUUUAUCUGCAUUGAAAUGUUCUUCGCCGCUAUCGCACUCCGUUUCGCUUUCAACGUGUCUGCCUACGCCGAUGCUCAUAAUGCUAGUAACGCCAACGACGGCCGCCCGGUCACCCUUCAAUCUAUCAGCUCAUCGCUCAAGGAAACCAUGAACCCCAAGGAUAUUAUGCAGGACGCUAUUCACAACUUCCAUCCACAAUAUCAACAGUACACUCAACACUCCAACGCUCAACGACCGCCACAACCCGGAGCGAGCACGAGUACUGAAGAGCAACGGAUGUCUAAAGGUGGAUCCGCUACCAACUAUUCUACAAUGGUUGAAAGUGGAACUCACGACUCUUCUGCCGCCGCCGCCCCAUCUCAAGCCACCGGAAACCUUCUCGACGCAUAG